AUGACUCCCAUCGGGGUAGGGCGGCAGGUGUCCUUUAUGCCUGAAGCCUGGGAUAGCCUCGAGGAGAGCACAGAAGGCAAUUUCCACUUACACCACGGAUGGCGCCACCUAGGUGAUCGACCUAGCUGCUCCUAUUCAAGGAGGCGACCCUCUCAGCUGAACUUCGCAGCGGUGCUUCCCAGCGGCGUCAGCGAUGUGAGCGUCGUGCAGAGCCAGAGGUUGAAGUACCUGCCCAGAUUGCGAAUCAUUUGGGCUUGCCUUACAGGCUUGAUGAUCAUUUUUGACAACCUCACCAUCCCCCUGAUGGUCUUCACCGACUAUCGCCUGUGGGCCGGCGAGUUGAUCUUCUGGAUCUUGAAUUUGCCGGUGCGACUUUUUUUGCUCUUCUAUUUUGGCCAUGGACAGACGUGGGGCAAAUGCUUUGCAGCGCUGGAGGUGCCGCUUCUCACGGUGAUGAUCUAUGAAUGGCUAGACGAGAGCGCUUCGCCCUUGUGGCAAGGUAUUUACAUGUUGCGCAUCUUGCAAUUUCCGCGGCUCUACGGCGUCACCGGAUUCGCCAGGUGGGUCCGUCGCUGGUUUCAUGGCAGCAGUCGGGAGGUGCGCGCUGUGGUGAACAUUCUGAUGGCCUUGCUGAUGUGCAUUUUUUUCCUGCACGUUCUAACGUGUGCUUGGUUUGCCGUUGGCUCGUCCUCAUCUGGCCUCCAUGGCAUGUCCACUCUGGAUCAAUAUCGCAAGAGUGCGGAAUUGACCCUGAGCCGAUUGCAUCCCUCCCGAACCUUCGAGAACAUGCAGCUUGAGACUCAAAUGGAGCGACUCCUAGCAGUCAUGGCAACGGGGCUGGCUCUGUUGGGAGGGUCCAUCUUCACCUCUAUCGUCACCAACGACAUCUCCGAUAUUUGUCGUGUACGGCGGAUGCAAAAGGAGGCAGAGUAUCAGGUCUCUGAUUUCUUCAUGAUUUAUCCAGUCUCCUGGGCUUUGGAGUUGCAGGUGAAGGACCAUCUGCAGAACAACAUGUCGAGGGAGAUGUACGCGAUGCUUCCAGACUUUCUGUAUCGUGAGCUGUGCCGGGAGGCGUUGACUCCCUUGUUGCAAAAGCAUAGCGUGCUCUAUGACAUUACAAGCCACCACUUGGGCUUCCAGUAUGACCUGUGUGUCGAGUGCCUUGUGGAUUGGAACGUCGGGGCCCAUGAGAUGCUGUUCAGCGUUGGGCGGAAAUGCGAACAGAUGCUGAUUCUCACCAGCGGCAAAAUCGGGUAUUGCAGAGACAAAGAGGUCUUGAGUGACAUCAUCAGUGUUUCCACGGCGAAGAGUGCUGGCAAGGUCCCGUCUGUCGCAACGUUACGCACACGCUCGUCUCAUGAAGGCAACUUUGAUGUGAAACUCUCAAGUCCCGGAGACUGGCUCUGCGAAGCGUGCUUAUGGUGUCCCUGGAACUAUUUGGGUCGAGCAAUUUCGGAGACUCGAGCAGCUUUUCUGUGCCUGAACUAUCACAAACUCCUUACUGCAGCGAACAGAAACAAGGAGGCCUGUCGGGAAUUGGUGGUCUAUGCACGACACUUCACGGCAAGCAUGCAACAUAUCCCUGAGGAGCAAUUGAUGGACCUACCCUUCGGGCUCCAGGGUGUGUGA